GAAUGCCGCCCAUGGGCAUGUGGCAGUGGUUAUCGCAAUCACCUGUUGAGUCGUCCUCUGAUCAAAAGGUGGAGAAGAGUGAGCAGCGGGAAGAGAAGGCUCCCCUGCAGACCAACACGCAGCAUCAUCUGGUGCCGACUAAUCCACCGCCGCCACGUCAGCAGCAGCAUCAGUGGUGUCAGCCGCCCAUCCAACUGCAACUCCUCAUCGUGUGCCUGUGUCCUCCUUCUGCUCCCUACGCUCAUGGAUCUGCUCUUUGUGCGUCUGAUGCUCCUCCUGGUGCUGCUGAAGCCGUUCCCUUCGUGGUGCACUUAGAAUGUGAGCCGGGCAAGGUAGCAACACUAGGUGUAGCUUUCGGAUUGAUCUCCAGUCAAUUUGUGCCUGAGGGGAUGGUUAAUCAUACCGGUAUGUCUCAUCCUCACUCGUAG